UAGAUCUCUGGUUUUCUCGAACCAGAGAGAACUGAUUUGUCUUCUUUCUGGUUGGUUGUUGAAUCUUUUUCCCCACAUUUAAAGCAACAAUUAAAUUUGAUUGUUUACCAUCUUUUUAUGUGUCUUUCCCUACCAUCUACUUUAAUUGUUGAUUAAAUUGUUUCUCUUACUCUUGGAUUGUGUGUGUUACCUCAUCAUCUUCAUAAUCAUCAUCAUUAUCAUCUGAUUGUUAAUUGUUAACUUCGAUUUCGAAAGAAAAAAAUUUCUUCUUCUUUCCUACUUUUUUUUUGUUCUGUGAUUUCCUAAUUGUUGUGAUUAAGUUAAUUUCUUCUCCCUCAUCAGCUGAUCAACUUCAAUCAUGUCUGGACAAUUAAUUACCGUUCGGAUGAACCGAGGUGAUGCUUCAUCACCCUGGGGAUUCAGGCUACAGGGUGGUAAGGAUUGGGGAACACCUUUAGCAGUUUCAAAGAUUAACCCUGGAAGUUUAGCUGAACAAGGUGGAUUACAAGUCGGCGAUUUCAUAAUUAAAAUCGGCUCUUCGAGUGGUCAAGAAAUGUUACAUCAUGAAGCCCAGGAAGCGAUUAAAAGUGCCAAGAAUAAUCUUGACCUUCAAGUUCAAAGGUGUCGUCGAUCUUUAUUUUAAAUCAAAUCAAAUGCUCUCGUCACAACAAUUAAAUUGUCAUCGGCUGUUGAAUCAAAAAUAAAAACUUCAUCAGGAAUCAAUUGCAAUCAAAUCAACCGUUAAUUAUGAUUAUGAUUACAAAACAAGAAUUAACAAUCGGAUUUACCGUUAUAAUCUCGUUAUUGAAAAUUUUGCUAACAAUUUAAACUUUUAAUUGAAA